GAGCGCCCAUUCAAAUUGUGGGCACCGGGAAAGCGGGCGAUACUUUUGGAAACGGAUCCGCUGGACGUCAAAGGAGCAUCCAGAGAAGAGCUUAGAGUCCUCAACGGCAUCCUUUUGAGAGUAACUCGCUGCCCCAAUGUCAGUCUACACGGCACACCGAGGGCACAGCAGUGGCCUCCCCGGCGCUCCUGCUUCCCAGAGGAGCUCAUCACCGGACGGCCUCGGCCUGGGGAGCAGCCGGAAGCAGCUGUCCAGCUCGGACGUGUCCGAGCGUGAAAACGACGACCCGUUCCUGAGGUCCGCAAGGAAACUCAGAGACAUAAACAGCACCUACGUGAUCUCCGCCUGUAAGACACCUGGAGAUACGCCCCUGACCCCUAACCCUGCAGGUAGACUGACCCUUCAGAGGAGAGUUACAAGAAACAAAGAAUCAUCGUUGCUUGGGAGUGAGGUGGGCGAGUCAUCUGAAAGAAAGACAGAAACUCGUCUUAAGUUACAACGUUGCAUCCGAGCAGGUUCUGUGGACAGGCGGACACCAGCUGGAGCAGAUUCCGUGGACAGGCAGGCAACAGCCAGAGCAGAUUUCGUGGACAGGCGGACACCAGCUGGAGCAGAUUCCGUGGACAGGCUGACCCCAGCUAGAGCAGAUUCCGUGGACAGACGGACACCAGCUGGAGCAGAUUCCGUGGACAGGUGGACACCAGCUGGAGCAGAUUCCGUGGACAGGCGGACACCAGCUGGAGCAGAUUCCGUGGACAGGCGGACACCAGCUGGAGCAGAUUCCGUGGACAGGCGGACAACAGCUAGAGCAGAUUCUGUGGACAGCCGGACACCAGCUGGAGCAGAUUCCGUGGACAGGCGGACACCAGCUAGAGCAGAUUCUGUGGACAGCCGGACAACAGCUAGAGCAGAUUCAACGACACAGAGCGUGGGCGGGGCUGCAGCAAGUGGUAGUGCUUCACGGGACACCAGUAGGACGGUAAGGAUUGUCAAUAAUGAGAAACACUCCUCCGUUGCAUCAUCUGCACCCUCAGCUGAAGACAGCGACACUGGACUGGUGGCCGAUGAAAAAGGCAGAGGAACAUUUUCUUCCCUCAGGGGAGCAAAUGACAGCGUGACACGUGAGUACUUCAGUCAUAGCACGCCCAUCCGUCCCCAGAAAGAGGCUGAGGAGGCUCGACCAGGACGCCUGGCCACGAAACCCUUUCAGAGCCCGUUGGACGUCAGAGUGUCGGGAACAGGAAGCUGGCGCCACAGAAAUCUUGGGGAGGAUGUUGCGAAAAACAGAACUGGGUUUGAAAGCUUAGGAAAAGGGACGCCUACGAAACGCACUGCAGGGCACACGUGGACCCCACGGUGCGGCACGCCUCAGCCUCAGAGCGUGGCGAUGUCCACCCUGAGACCCAGGACGCCCAGCUCCCAAGGUCAACAGAAGCCAAAACGCUCUCUUUUCGCAAAUAAAAGGGAAGGGUCACAGGAGCAUACAAUCCCUCCCACGGAGGAGGCUGCGGCUCAGAGGGCCUCCACAGAGAGGGACCCCUUAAAAGCGGAGAACAGUCAGGUGACGGUGGCGGUCCGGGUGAGGCCCUUCAGCAAGAGAGAGAAGGACGAGGACACGGCCCAGGUGGUCUUCCUGGACGGGGAGGAGAUCGCCGUGCGACACCCGGACCUGAGACAGGCGUACAGUUUCCUCUACGACGUCUCCUUCUGGUCCUUCGACGCGUGCCACCCACGCUACGCCAGCCAGGCCGCCGUGUACGAGACGCUGGCGGCCCCGCUCCUGGCCCGCGCCUUGGAGGGCUACAACGCCUGCCUCUUCGCCUACGGGCAGACGGGCUCCGGGAAGUCGUACACGAUGAUGGGAUUCGGUGAAGAACCAGGAAUCAUCCCAAGAUUCUGCGAAGACCUAUUUGCUCAAGUGGCCAAACACCAAACCCAGGAGGUCAGGUAUCACCUGGAAAUGAGCUUCUUUGAAGUUUAUAACGAAAAAAUCCACGACCUGCUGGUGGGCAGAGGCGACGGCAGGCAGGGGAAGCAGGCGCUGAGGGUCCGGGAGCACCCCGUCUCCGGGCCGUACGUCGAAGCUCUGGCCGUGAACGCCGUGGGUUCUUACUCCGACAUCCAGGGCUGGCUGCAGCUGGGGAGCAAGCAGCGGGCCACGGCGGCCACCGGCAUGAACGACAAGAGCUCCCGCUCGCACUCGGUGCUCACGCUGCUGCUGACCCGUACCCAGACGGAGCUGGUGGACGGGGAGGAGCACGACCACACGGUGACCAGCCGCAUCAGCCUGGUGGACCUGGCGGGCAGCGAGCGCCAGGGGCCGGCGGGCACCAACGGGCAGCAGCUGAGGGAGGGCGUGAGCAUCAACAAGUCCCUGCUGACCCUGGGCAAGGUCAUCUCCGCGCUGGCGGAGCACGGGGGCCGCCGGAGAGCGUUUAUUCCCUACCGGGAGUCGGUCCUGACGUGGCUGCUGAAGGAAAGCCUGGGCGGCAACUCCAAGACGGCCAUGAUCGCCACGGUGAGCCCGGCGGCCAGCAGCCUGGAGGAGACGCUGAGCACCCUGCGCUACGCCCGCCAGGCGCGCAGCAUCGUCAACCGGGCCCGGGUGAACGAGGACGCCAGCGCCCAGCUCAUCCGCGAAUUGAAAGCAGAAAUCGAGAAGCUGAAAGCUGCUCAAAGAAGCCGUCAGAACAUCGACCCUGAGCGCUACCGGCUCUGUCGGCAGGAAAUCACAUCCUUGCGAAUGAAGCUGCACGAGCAGGAGCGAGCUAUGCUGGAGAUGCAGAGAGCGUGGAAAGAAAAAUUUGAACAGGCUGAACAAAGAAAACAUCAUGAAAUCAAGGAGUUACAGAAAGCAGGAAUCACCUUCCAAGUGGACGACCGCCUGCCGAACCUGGUCAACCUGAGCGAGGACCCGCAGCUGUCGGAGACGCUGCUGUACGUGAUCCGGGAGGGCACCACCACGGUCGGGAAGCGCGGCCCCGCCUCCCGCCCCGACAUCCAGCUGUCCGGGGCCCUGGUGGCCGACGAGCACUGCACCAUCAGCCACGUCGACGGGACUGUGAGCAUCGCCCCCGUCGGGGAGGCCAGGACCUACGUGAACGGCAAGCACGUGUUGGGGCCCACGGUGUUGCACCACGGCGACCGCGUGGUGCUCGGGGGAGACCAUUACUUCAGGUUUAACCACCCGGCGGAGGCCCGGAGCGGGAAGAGGCCGCCCGGGGGAGGCGCCCCGGCCGGCGAGGGCCCGAAGGACUUUGAGUUCGCCAAGAACGAGUGGUUGGUGGCCCAGCGAUCGCAGCUGGAGGCGGAGAUCCAGGAGGCGCAGCUGAGGGCGAAGCAGGAGAUGCUGCAGGGCAUCCAGGUGGCCAAGGAGGUGGCAGAGCAGGAGCUGUCCUCGCAGAGAGCCGCCUUCGAGGGCAGGAUCGAGGCCCUGCAGGCCGAGCUGAAAGAAGAGUCUCAGCGGAAGAGGCUGCAGGAGAUGAGUAACCAGAAGGCACAUCUCCGCAUCGAGGAGCUGGAGAGGGCGAAGCAACGGCUGGAGCAGGAGGUGCAGGCCAACCAGAGGCGCCUGCAGCUGGAGAGGCUGGCGGCCCAGCAGGCUCUGGACGACCACAGCGUCCGCCACACGAGGAUCCUGGAGGCUCUGGAAGCCGAGAAGCAAAAAAUCGCCCAAGAGGUGCAGGCGCUGCAGCAGAACCGGGGCGACAGGGACAGGGCUCUCCCGGUCCCGACGAGCUGGGGCUCCCUGAAGCUCUCCCUCAUGAUCCAGGAGGCCAACGCCCUCAGCGGCCGCUCUCAGAGGCAGUAUGUGUUCGGCAGACACGAGGCGCCCGAUGGAGGGGGUGGCCCUGGCCCCCGGGUCCGGGUGCGGAACCUGCGGCUGGGCGUGUCCACCCUCUGGAGCCUGGAGAAGUUUGAGUCCAAGCUGGCGGCCCUGAAGGAGCUCGAAGAGAGUAACUGCCAGUGCGAGGACCUCUUCUGUGACCCCGAGGACGAGUGGGAGCCCGACCUCACGGACGCGCCCGCCGCCUCGUUCUCCAGGAGGAGGAGCAGGAGUUUGGUGAAGAACCGCAGGGUCUCCGGCUACUUGCACGACAUCCAGGCCCACGCGGCUCCGGGUCUGCCCUCCUCCCGCUCCUCAGGCUCGGGGGAGAAGCCCAGCUCCCUGGGCUCCAGCUCUGCGGCGUCCUCCCUCCCCGGGAUCUGCAGGGAGCUGAUCGGCUCAUCCCUGGCCGUCCUCGGGCGGAGCGGCGAGGAGGAGACGGUGGCGGACGGCCUGGUGGACAGCCUCCUGCGGGUGCACGGGGGGCUGCUGGCCAUCUCGCAGGCCCACGCCGCCCAGGACGAGGACAGCCCCGACGACCUGUUCUCUGCGGACCCCGUGGCCCAGGCGCGGGCGGUGCAGGUGGCCUGCGCCUUCGGGCAGCUCGCGGUGCUGGCCCCGCUCUGGCCGGGGGACGCCCCGCCCGGGCCCCGCGCUGCACGGCUGGGGGAGGAGCUGCGGCAGGAGGUGGAGAAGCUGGGCAGCUACUUGCAGGUGUUCCUGCAGGGCUGCUCCUCAGACCUCCCGUCGAUGGUGACGGACGCGCAGAGGAGGGCCGCGCAGGCCGUCCGACAGGCUGUGGCGUGUGCGGGGCAGCUGGCGGUGCUGAGCGGGAGCAGCCUGCGUCUCCUGGACCCCGGGGCUUACGGGGAUGCCGACGUGCAGGAGGACCUCGUGGACGCCCUGUGGGACGGAGUCGGCGCGGGGGUGAGGCUGCUGAUCGACUCUGGACUCGAGCGGGCGGAGGCGUUGCAGCGUGAGCUCUCAGGGCAGCACCCCCAGAGCGAGGCGGCCCAGCAGCUGCACACGAAGGCCGAGGCGCUGAUCGGGUGCCUGGAGACCAUCUUUGCCGAGUGGAGAACCAAAAGCUCCCGCACGCCAGCGCAGGGAGAACCUUCCGGAGGCGGAGCCCUGAGGGAGAUGGCUGAUCGCGCCCCGGAAAUGCUGGAGUUAACACGCUGCUUAGAGCAAACCAUUGGAGGGGUCGUUUCUGCCCUGAGAGGAUGCCACAGCGACGGGGGCGCCCUCAGGACCUGCGUGGAGAGGGUCUGUGUCUUGGCCGGGGACGGUGGUGCCGACAGCUGUGCCCAGAGCCGUGGGGACCUGACAUCCGCGGCCAAGUCCCUCCUCCUCUGCUUCGAGGCCGAAGACAGACCCGACUUGUCGGAACCUUGGAACGCGUGUCCUCAAAACAGCAGAGAGGGCCGCCGGCCGCCCGGGGCGAGCAGGACCAGCCCCGCCGCGGGGAGAGGCGUCCCCAAGCGCCUCUAUGCGCUGCCCUCCCGGCCCCCGCGGAGCUCAGGGGAGCGUGCGCCCAGCGGGACCCAGUGGGUGUGAAGGUGAAGGCCGUGGAGAGGGCAGGGGCGGGCCGUUUGCUCAUGCGGGAGAAGGUAGGAAGCAAGACAUCGGCGUGAAUAUCUCCCAGAAACCCACACCUGUUGCUGGCCCUCGCUGGGCUGGACGGGCAGGCCCGAUGGGCUGUGGUUCCGGGGCCGGGGGCCUGGGAAGGCUCUCGGCAGCCGGUUUAGACGGGCGCAGACGGACACGCUGGAGCGUGGUGAACAGCUGAGCCGAGGAGCAUCCCCGUCGCCUCGAGCUCUCCCUGAGUCUCAGACGCUGGUACCUGCCUGCUUGCCCGUGAGCCCGUUCGAGACGGUGAUGCUUCUGACGAACGGAGACCCGAGCGGCCCGCUGCCUUCUCUCCCUCGAGGUCGGUGGGAAGUUGCCGGCGCGUUUACCAGCGGCAGAGCCUGGGCUGCUCAAGGGCGUCCUCUGGUGUCUGUCCAGAUCGCAGCCGGCGACGCAGGGACCCGCUCACAGCGGGUCAGCUUCCUGUGCCUGUCCCAGCGCGGGGCCGAGCGCAGAGCCAGCUCAGCUCCCGGGGGUCCUGCUGGUUUGCACGGGAUCUGAUGGAGAUGGAGGGUCCGUGUGCCUUUUCACAGUUUACAAAACACACACCAUCGUGUCCACCAUCAAGUGACAGGCUGCUCCCCCGGGCUCUCCCGUAAGGGACCCCGUCUGACCUUUCGCGCCUCAGCGCGUGCGGUCGCACAGGCCGCCUGGGACCCCGCGGUGACACUGAGUGGCGCCUGGGGCAUCCCGACAGCCCGUCCUCCCGCCACUCCUGGGCAGGUGCCAGUGCCGGCUGGCGGCCCUCGGGAACGGGCCUCGCCCCUGAGCGUCCGUUCCCUGGUCGGGGCAGCUGGUGAGCGCGGGCCUCGCCGGCGUCUCCGGGGGCUUCGCGGUGGUGCCGGCAGCGAAUCUGCUUUCUUUCUCAUAUUUAACUCUUGGCGUGGGGGCUGCGCCCUCCUUGACGCGCUGUGUGUGUGUGUUUAUAGGCAGUGCCCUGCCGGGUGCCCCUCGGGCUCUGUCCCCGGGAGGACUUCUCCGGAAGCGUCUACCUGUGUGGCGAGCUUGCUAGAACAUGGGUGGCGUGGUUUUUAACUUCAGUUCAGGAUUUAACCUCUACCUUCUGCUGCCGCACGACUUCAGUGGUCAGAAGCCACUUGGGGUCUUUUGCAAAUUGCUGUGUAUUUACGUAUUUAUACUCGAAAUAAAUUGCUAUGCAGUGUGUGAAUGCGCAGUGGGAAAGGUACUUGCUGCUGGAAUCAUGUGCCCAAUAAACGUUACAAAGAGAAC